GGUCGGGUCACGGACUCACGUGGGAAGCUGGCUGGAACCAUCCAAGCGGGCGGCGGCCGCGGGUCGUUGUCGUCGUCGCCGUCGCCGUCGUCGUCGUCGCCUCGUCUUCAGAAAGAAACACGAGCUGCAUAAUAUUUCCACGUCCGCCCCCUUUCCCUUUCCCUUUCCCCCUCCUCAUCCCCAGCGGCAUCAAACUCUUCAGAUUUUUACUCCUCCGUUCAUCCAAGAACCAAACAGCACGGCGGUGGCGAGGGAGGGUUGAGGCUGGUGCCGUCGAUCGAAUCAGGUUUUCUCGGUUGCGCGCGCGGAGAUCCAGCGUCGCGGUCUCCUCCGUCCGUCGGCUCUGCGGCCGCAGGCGGCAGCUGGGGUCCCCUUGAAACGAUCCCAGGCAGCAUUUUGUUCACUGGUGUGCUGGCCUUGCUGAUUGAAGUUUACAAUGGGAUGCUGUGUGGGGAAGGCACAUCGCGAUGAGGAAGAAAAGCUUGAUUUCAAAGGUGGAAAUGUGCAUAUUAUUACAAGCAAAGAGAACUGGGAUCAGAAGAUUGCAGAAGCAAACAGAGAUGGGAAAAUUGUUGUGGCAAAUUUCAGCGCUUCCUGGUGCGGGCCAUGCCGCGUCAUUGCACCUAUCUAUGCUGAAAUGUCAAAGACUUACCCUCAACUCAUGUUCUUGAUGAUAGAUGUCGAUGACCUAAUGGAUUUCAGCUCAUCAUGGGAUAUCCGCGCAACCCCAACUUUCUUCUUCCUUAAGAAUGGGCAGCAAGUCGACAAGCUCGUCGGUGCUAACAAACCUGAGCUUGAGAAGAAAGUGCAAGCGGUCGCUGAUGGCAGUUCAACCAAGUGACCAGAACAAAAUCGGAGCAAACUUGAAAUGGCUUAUCUGUGUGUACGGUCUUGCUUGUGCGUCUGUGUGUGAUAGUUUUCCAAUGUAUAGUUUCCUGUGUGUAACUCCGAUGUUUGCUUAGAGAUGUGCGUUACAAUUUUGCCCCCCUGCCUGGUUUCACAUAUAGACAUGUUGGCAAAUUGUGUGAACCUGUGCUUGUCAAAAAGAAAAAAAAAGAACAGUACUGUAAACCGUAACGGUAUAUGAAGGAUGGUCGUUUGAAA